AUGCAGCAGGUACUGGACAACUUGAUGGGGCUCCCGGGGACCCCGGGAGUGGCCGACCUUGACCUCAUCUUCCUCCGUGGCAUCAUGGAGAGCCCCAUCGUGCGCUCCCUGGCCAAGGUACGGAGGCCUGGGGGGGGCGCGUGUCACAUCCCGGCACCCCCGAGAGGGGCGCACGAGCGGCUGGAGGAGCGGAAGCUGGAGGCGGUGCGCGGGGACAACCUGGCUCUGGUGCAAGAGAUCCUGCGGGACAUCGGGCACCUGGCGCGGCCCGAAGUGCAGGGAGCGGCGGCGGAGCUGGCCCGGAUUCUGCGGGAGCCGCACUUCCAGUCGCUGCUGGAGACCCACGACUCGGUGGCUGCCAAGAGUUACGAGCCCCCCCCGAGCAGCCCCGGCCCGGAGCCGUCCCUGGGCUCCCAGCCCGUGCCCCCCGACGCCGUGCGCAUGGUGGGAAUCCGCAAGGCAGCGGGGGAGAACCUGGGGGUGACGUUCCGGGUGGAGCGGGGGGAGCUGGUGAUCGCCCGCAUCCUGCACGGGGGGAUGGUGGCGCAGCAGGGACUGCUGCACGUGGGGGACGUGAUCCGCGAGGUGAACGGGCGUGAGGUGGGCAGCGACCCGCGGGCACUGCAGGACAGCCUGCGCCACGCCAGCGGCAGCGUCGUGCUCAAGAUCCUGCCCAGCUACCAGGAGCCCCACCCGCCCCGCCAGGUGUUUGUCAAGUGUCACUUCGACUACGACCCGGCCACCGACAGCCUCAUCCCCUGCAAGGAGGCCGGGCUCAAGUUCAUGGCCGGGGACCUGCUGCAGAUCGUCAACCAGGAUGACCCCAACUGGUGGCAGGCGUGCCACGUGGAGGGCGGCAGCGCGGGUCUAGUGCCCAGUCAGCUGCUGGAGGAGAAGCGCAAGGCGUUCGUCAAGCGGGACGGGGAGGUGGCGCCCACGUCGGGGGCCCUGUGUGGCAGUCUCAGCGGGAAGAGGAAGAAGAGGAUGAUGUACCUGACGACGAAGAACGCCGAGUUCGACCGGCACGAGCUGCUGAUCUACGAGGAGGUGGCGCGGAUGCCGCCGUUCCGCCGGAAAACGCUGGUGCUGAUCGGGGCUCAGGGCGUGGGGCGCCGCAGCCUCAAGAACAAGCUGAUCAUGUCGGACCAGGCGCGAUACGGCACCACCAUCCCCUACACGUCGCGGAAGCCGAAGGACAGCGAGCGGGACGGGCAGGGCUAUCGCUUCGUGUCGCGGGGCGAGAUGGAGGCCGACAUCAAGGCGGGGCGGUACCUGGAGCACGGCGAGUACGAGGGGAACCUGUACGGAACCAGGAUCGACUCCAUCCGCGCCGUGGUGCAGGCGGGCAAGAUGUGCAUCCUGGAUGUCAACCCGCAGGCCGUGAAGGUGCUGAGAACGGCGGAGUUCGUGCCCUACGUGGUGUUCAUCGAAGCCCCCGGCCCCGAGAGGCUGCGAGCCAUGAACCGGGCAGCCCUGGAGAGCGGCGUGGCCACCAAACAGCUCACGGAGGCGGAUGCCCAGCGCACGGUGGAGGAAAGCAGCCGCAUCCAGCGCGGCUACGGGCACUACUUCGACCUGAGCCUGACCAACGAUGACUUGGAGCGCACCUUCGGGCGGCUGCGGGAGGCCAUGGAGCACCUGCGCCUGCAGCCCCAGUGGGUCCCCGUCACCUGGGUCUAUUAG